AUGGGGUUGCCCACUGAAGCUCCCACAUCACCUAGGGUCAGCAUUAAGGGAUCAUGCUCUGUUGUAAAGCCUAUUGAGUAUAGUGGUCAGUAUGAGCUGUUGGUUGAUGGGGAUUCCCCACGCAUUAUGGCUGUCAGACAAUUCAUAUGUCCCCACAAGCAGCUGAUGCAUCAGCCAGUCAUAGAUGAAGAUGAUGACUUGGCUGAAGCGGAGGAUGAUCCUUUAGCAAAGCUCAUGACAAAAUUACCCAGGUUGAACAGAGGACCAGUAGAAGUGUACUGGGAUAAUAGAGGUUCUGACAACGACAACGGUGACAACAACAACGACGCGAGUGGUGGCAGCGGCGACGAGAGCGGUGGUAGCGAUAAGGAGAGUGGGGACAACAGCAACGAGAGCAUCGACAACGAGAGUAGCAACAACAACGCAAGAGGGGAGACAAGACGCGACGACUAUGACAUGUGUGCCCUUAGACACAGAGGUAGAGAGAUCUCGCGCGAAGAUGAAAGUGGAGGGCGUGAGAAGGGUUCUGACAACGACAACGGUGACAACAACAACGACGCGAGUGGUGGCAGCGGCGACGAGAGCGGUGGUAGCGAUAAGGAGAGUGGGGACAACAGCAACGAGAGCAUCGACAACGAGAGUAGCAACAACAACGCAAGAGGGGAGACAAGACGCGACGACUAUGACAUGUGUGCCCUUAGACACAGAGGUAGAGAGAUCUCGCGCGAAGAUGAAAGUGGAGGGCGUGAGAAGGAUGAUGUGAGAAAGGUUAAUGUAUCCUUGGAUAGGUGUAAUUUGGUAUAUGAAUCAUGUUUGGAGGAUUAG